AUGGCAGCAAUAAGACAUACAUUACAGAGAGAACUAUUUACGCCUAGUGAUGAAAAAUUAUUGAGUGUAUGUUAUGUGAGUAAAGCAUACAAAAAGAAAAAAAUGAGUUUUCUGUGUUUAACUACAACUACAGACACACCUUCAUCUUUACUUUUAUAUCAAGUAAAAAAAAAUGAUAAAAAUAUAUUUAAAAAGAAACAAUCAUGGUCAUUGAGUGAUAUACAAAUUGUGGAUGGAGUUAAAAAUGAUUCUAUGGAUAUAGAAUUACAUAUUGAUAAAGUAUACAAAUGGUCAGCAACAACAGCACAAGAGCGAAGAACAUUUAUAAGUAAUUUAUAUACUUAUUCUUGCAAUUUAGCUCAAAGGCCACAAUUUAGAAAUAUUCCUAAAGAGUGGCUUAUAGACCCUAGUUCAUUGAAAGAAAGCGAUAGUAUUACUUUCACACCAGAAUUAUUAACAUCACCUAUUUCAUCUGAUUAUCAACCUAUUACUGAAAAAGAAGCUGCUGAUUUAAAACAAAUGAUGGAAGACUGUGAAUAUGCAGUAUCUAAUGCUGAAUUGUUUAUGGAAACACUGUCUAAAGAUCUCUCAAUUCUUGAUGGGGAAAAUGUACAAUCAGUUUUGGCAUCAGAGGCUUGUGUAACUCAAUUGAUGAAUAGUAUAGAAAUAUACAUAUAAAUUUUCAAUAUGUUUAAAAAUGAUCUUUUUAAUAAUGUUUCAUUUUAUUACCUUUACAUACAUUUCACAAGUGUUUUCUUAUUUAUACAAAAUUUUUUUCAUUGAUUCUAUAAGUCACAAUUAGAUAUUUCACCAACUUAUCAACGUGUGUUGAGUGAAGCUGAGCUUCCAGGAGAAAAGGAAGAACUUAGCCAAGCAGGUGUUGCUCUUUUAAAAGCAAUAACAGCUCCUCUACCAUCGGGGCUCGAUAAGUUAAGUGCAGUAACAGAACAAAAAAGACGACUCGAUAAACUUAAAGCAAAGUUUUCUGUAAUUGUGGCUAGGCAUUUAAAUAAUCUCUUCAUACAUUUGGGUAAUGAUGUUGGAGAUAUGUCAAUGUCAAUGACAGAUUUAAUUCUCCCAACCCAUCAAGCAGUCCAUCAUGAACUUGAACCAUAUACAGAACUAAUGCAGUUACUAAGAGCAUUAGAUAAUAAAGCCUUUGUGCAAUUAACCAAGGUUUAUACAGAUACAAUGAGUAAAUUAUAUAAGCGGGAUUUAAAACGAUUUUUUGAAGAAGCAAGAAAUAAACUUAUUUCUAAACGUCUUCAAGCAAAUACAUCAAAAUCUAGUGGCCCAAAAGCAGAAGAUUUAUUGAAUCCUGCACCUAUUUGCUUAUUAAGUGGUGAAACAUGGGCACCUGUAGGGGAAGGAAAUCUUUUAGAUUCUGUUCUUGAUUGUAUGCUUUCCCAAAUGCAACCAGUUUGUCUUGCAGAACAAGCUUUUUGUAUUUCAUUCUUACAAUUAGAUUCCGUUCUUUCUCCAUCAAAAAGUACUGAAAUGGAAGAAACAGAUAAUGUUAGCAAUGGAGCUGCAAGUCCUGGAUCAGUGACUUCUACAGCAAGUAAAAAAUUAGAAAGACAAGUAAAUGAAGAAGUACGUGCAACAAUGGCAGCUAUAUUUCCCUCAUUAGAAGCUGAAUUGAAUAAUUUUAUUGCCUUUUUGGAUAAAAUCGAUAGUUUCUGGUGUAUGUACGUCUUAGUACGUUUGUCACAGCAUGUUAUGUCAGCACAAGAUACUGGUUCAUUUCUAUCUAUGACAUUUGCUUCUGCUUUAAUUCAAGUUAAAAGGGCAUUUGAUAAGUUCAUGCAAGCACAAUUGCAAUCAAUUCUUUGUGAUACAAAAGUUAAUCGCAGAAACAAAUGUGGUAUAUUACCAUAUGUAGAAAAUUUUGAACCAUUUGCAAGAAUAGCUGAAAAAAUCUUUAAAAAUUCAGAUAGAAAAGUUGACCUUGAAAAGUGGUAUACUAAAUUAGUGGGUACAAUGUUUGAAGCUAUUGUUACUCAUAGUAGAGAACAUCAUAAAACUCCACAGGAAGUUAUUAAGAUGGAAAACUUUCAUCAUCUAUACGAUCUUUUAUCCCAGUUAAAAAUAUCUGUUCUUGAUCAUGAACGAAAGGAAGCUAAACAGAAAUAUCAAGAUGCUUUACGUGCAUAUGUUACACAAUAUUUUGGAAGACCACUAGAAAAACUUAAUUUAUUCUUUGAAGGCGUCCAAGCAAAAGUUGGUGCUGGAGUUAAAGAAUCUGAAGUUAGUUAUCAAAUGGCUUUCAGUAAACAAGAGCUUAGACGUGUUGUAAAGGAAUAUCCCGCUCGAGAAGUUAAAAAGGGUUUAGAAAAUUUGUACAGGAAAGUAGAAAAACAUCUGUGUGAGGAAGAAAAUUUGCUACAAGUUGUUUGGCGUGAAAUGCAAGGUGAAUUCAUUGCGCAAUACAUAUACAUAGAGGAAUUAAUUCAAAGGUGUUAUCCAGAUAGCAUGGUAACCCUUGAGUUCACUAUACAAGAUAUUUUAGAAUUUUUUUCAGAAAUAGCUCGAUCUCAUUGAAGAACUUAU